GAAUCUGUGAAAGGAGGAGUUGGGGAAAAGGACACCGCUCCUUUUAGAGUCUGUGUAACAGAACUGAUAAGCUAUUCCUGUGAAGUGAUCGAAUGUGACUGAAUACUGCAGGCUCUUGGACUCUUAUUCUGUAAAAUCCACAGGAAAGCAGCACAGGAAAAGAUCGGAGGGAACAGCUUCUGCUGUACUAAGAAAGAUGCUGGAGAGCUCUUCAGUCCCUUUGUUCAUUGUCUUCAUCCUGCUUUUCAUUUUGCUGCUGAUUGUGCUGCUCAUCAGGAAAAAUGGCACUGCUGCCCUUAUCUGGAAUGAAAUAAUCCGGGAGAAAGUAACCAAUUUCAUCAUGAAUCAGAGCAAAGAACAGAGGAUUUUAAAUUUUGUGCUGCAGAAUGCAGUCCGAGGAGACCCCUGUAGUGUGGUGGACACUAUAGACAAAUACUGCUCCCAGAAAGAGUGGGCCAUGAACGUGGGCAAUGAGAAAGGUAAAAUUCUAGACAAGACAGUGGAAGAGGUCAAUCCAUCAGUUGCCCUGGAGCUGGGAACCUACUGUGGCUACUCAGCAGUGAGGAUUUCUCGGCUACUGAAGGCUGGAGCUUGUCUGCUCACUGUGGAGUUCAACCCAGAAUUUGCUGCUAUAGCUAAACAGAUGAUUGAGUUUGCUGGAGUACAAGAUAAGGUAAAACUCCUAGAAGGCCCUUCAGAGGAAAUCAUACCCCAGCUGAAAAAAAAAUAUGAAGUGGAUACUCUGGAUUUUGUCUUCUUGGACCACUGGAAAGACAGAUACACACCAGACACCAUCCUGCUUCAGGAAUGCAACUUGCUGAGGAAAGGCUCAGUUCUUCUGGCUGACAAUGUAAUUUUCCCAGGAGCUCCAGACUUCCUUAACUAUGUUCGCAAGAGCCCCCAUUUCCAAUGUACUAACUACCCAUCUCAUCUGGAAUAUAUGCAAGUGGAAGAUGCUAUGGAGAAGGCUGUGUUUUUGGGAUAAAGAGAGUCAUUAAUAAUCAACUUUUGUUUCAAAUGAUGUAAAUGCAGAGGUUUUGUUCAUGCUUUACAGUUUUUAAAUUUUUUUUUUAUUAUUUUGGAGCCUGUAAUUAAACAAGCACUAGUGAUCUUUUCAGGUGAGGUAGAAACCAAAAUACUGAGUAAGUCAGGUCUAUGCCAUUUUUCCCCAUUAACUUGGCAAACCUAAGGUGUUGUACACUGCCUUGCCUUGACCAACACAUCAAACAACAGAGCCUGUUGUUUUGUGCUCAACUUGAACAACCACAGGUUUGGUUUAGGAUGGAGAAAUACACUGCAACUUCUGAAGACUUGUGUCCCCCAGUUAAACUUAUUAAUCAUUAACAACUGUGGAAAAAAACAUCCAUGUUGCAAUAAAAGACCAUUUCACGUGCUCUACUUUUGCUAAAUUACUGCAUGCCUCUUGAUGCAGCGAAGGCUCCUAUUGUGAGAUAAGAUACUUCUUUGCACAUUUACUACAAAAGUUAAUCAUCUCUAUGUGAGAGAAAAGAGCACACACUGAAAGGAGACAGACCCAUGCAGUGAUGAGAAAAACCAGAAUUUUGAGAACACAAACAAAUAAAAUUAUUAAUCUGUCCAUGCAGAGGCAGGGAAAACUGAAGUAGUAAACAGAUUAAAAUAAACACAGUAACAGGUAACAAAAGGAGGAGACUCUUUCCUAAAGAAUACAAAACUCCAUAAUAUUUGACCUUGGGAAAAUGCUGUUUAUCCCCUCAUUAUUACUGUACAUAGUAUGUGUUUUUUAGGGGCAGGGCAAGCUGAUUACUCUAAAGUGCUGGGUAUGUUUAAGAUGUAUAAAAUCCAGAGAGAAUGGGUUUUAGCAGGUGGGUCCUGCAUGCCCUGGUUAACCUCAGUGCUAUUACACCAUGUGAAUAGUGUGGGUUGUCAUUGAGGAUUCAAAGCCAAAUACAAAGUCUCUAACUCACCUGAAUGAUGCAGAAAUCCAGUGGCAUUUCCUAGCAUGUCCUGCUGUGAUUAUAUAAGGCAGCAAUGGUCACAUUUAUAAAUAAAAAAUAAAAAGCAACAGAGCAGGAGCAUGACUUUAAUUUUUUCCAAUGAAUUCUGUACUGCAUGUGAGGCUUCCAAACUUGAAAUAGCCACAGAAAGAUCCAACAGUUGAAAAUCAAGGACAACCAUUUUUGUCUUUCCCAAGCCUGUUACGAGUUUCUUCCUUGUAUACCCACCUUACCACAAUGGUCCCUCCCCUGGCCUGUGUGCUGCAGAAAAUCCACCUCCAGGACAUCAGUAAGAAGCAGAGGAUCAUCAAAAGAAAACUAGAACAGGCCAAGGUGACAGAGUCAGUUUAGAAAUGGUCCAAGCAAACCAUGGUGACCCAGCCAGCUUGUAAAGUGUGCAUUUCACAGGGAUAGGAGAAGGCAACACUAUCAAAGUCUUCCUGACAAGUUAACCCUGUCAUAUAGAGAAAGACACAAGAUUUCCUGUACUGGGUUAGAUCAUGCAGAAGCAGCCUCAGGUGACUCUUGUGCUGUUCUGUGUAGCACCAACACUGAGUUCUAACACCUCCACCUUGUACUCUAAGACAGUGAUUAGUUCUGUAACACUGCUCAGCAGCACAUCCUCUUGGCAUUCAGCUCAAGUCCAAGUCAUUGAACCAAAGUCCUUCAGGUGGCUGGAAGCAAUCUUUGUAAAAUUUGUGAUGCAAAAUAAUCUUCAAGCAUAUUUACUGGCAUAUACAAGUUUCUAGAGAAAACUGGAAAAUCUGGAUACAUACAGUGGACCAGAAAUUUGUCUGUACAUCUAAUGCCUUGACUCCAAAGAAUCCUCGCUUGCUAGCUCUAAACACCUUUGCAACCCAACAGACAUUCCUGUCACAUCAGGGUACAUACAUAGGCUGAUGAGCAAACCAGUCUCAGAAGGAUAAGUAAGAGUAAACAGGUAGACUCCUCUGCACUUUACAAGAGAGAAUCAGAAAAAUGCAAUCCUACUGCUCGUUAAUGGCCAAAAUUCCUGUUCAAGAGACUGUCAAGAUGAGGAAAAAUGGGAACCUGUAGAGUGGGUAUUUC